CAUAUUCAUCUUCUCCACUCUUCCACACCCUCCCCAUCAUCUCUCUCCAUUAAUGGCCUUUCUUGAUCUCUACCUCAACAAAGCACUCGUCUUUCCACGAGAACCCUCAGUCAAAUUCCCGCGAGACCAUCCCCAUCUCUUCAACCUCUCCGACAACCUCGCCUUCUUCUCCCGCUUCCCCCUCCUCCCUACCACCAAACCAAAGGUCCUCUUCGUCCUCGGCUCGUCCGGCACCGGCAAGUCGAAGCUCGCGGUAAGCCUCGCCCUCCGCUUCGCCGGCGAGGUAAUCAACUCCGACAAGAUGCAAGUGUACGACGGCCUCCACGUUAUUACAAACAAAGUCACCGCUGAUGAAUGCGCCGGGGUUCCCCACCACCUCCUCGGUGGGGUCCACCCCGAUGCCGACUUCUCUGCCGCUGAAUUCUGCUGCCUCGCCACCAAAAUCGCCGAUGAAAUCGUGGCGCGUGGGCACCUCCCGAUCAUUGCCGGCGGGUCCAACUCAUAUAUAAAGAAGCUGAUCGGCGUCGACGGUGGGAACUUUUCCCGCCGGUACGAUUGCUGCUUUAUUUGGGUCGACGUAGACCUGACCGUGUUGGACGAGUUCGUCGCCGAGCGGGUGGAUAAAAUGGUGGAGAAGGGAUUGUUGGAGGAGGCAAGAGGCAUAUUUGACUCCGCGGCAGAUUAUACUAAGGGGGUGAGAAGAUCGAUAGGGCUGCCGGAGUUGGAUAAAUAUUUCCGGCGAGAGGCUGAGGUUGAUGAGGCGGAGAGAACCGCGAUGCUCGAGGAAGCGUUUGGGGAGAUAAAGGCGAAUACUUGCAGGCUGACGCGGGUGCAGAGGGAGAAGAUAAGGAGGUUUGAGGUGGAAGAUGGGUGGAGGCUGCACCGGAUGGAUGCGACGGCAGCGGUGGUCCGCCGGAGAGAGCUGUGUGGAGGGAUGGUGUGGGAGGAGACGGUGGUGGGCCCGAGCAUUGAAACGGUGAGGAGGUUCGUUGGAGGAGCUGCCGCUGGGUUUGUGAGCAAGCGCAGCCGUAUGGUCGCCGUCGCGAUGGAUACUGUAGUUGUGGGGACCACUUAAGUGAGUUUUGGCUGACAUGUGGCAUGAUUUGCGGCGCUUUGGUUGACGUUCAAAUUUGUGCCUAUGGAGUUUUGACUGAU